GUUGCAGACGAUUUCCGGUUCCUGCAGCCGCCAGAGGGCGAACGGUGGCGAAGGUUUUCGAAACCAGCAAAAUCAGCCAGCUUGCCGUGACCGACGAGCUGCGCCCCGUUUCUUUUUCGACCCUCGGAGCCGAAGGAUCACAACCAGUGACGAUCUCAGAUGGUCGUAUUCGCCGUGUUGUUCACAACUGACAUUUCCCGACGCACGCCUGUCGCGGUGCCUUGACUUCAGCGACGUAUCAAGCACACGGGAGAUCGCAAUGUCUUUUCCCAACAAGGAGCAGCGUCAGAAGUGUUGGGAUUCUAGAGAUCGCUACUGGGAAUGCCUUGACAAGAACGCCGAGAAUGCAAAUCGCUGCGCAGAAGUGAAGUCUCAGUACGAGACGCAUUGCCCAAGCCAGUGGGUGAAGCACUUCAACCGCAAAAGGGAAUACCUGCAGUUCAAGGACAAGAUUGAGAAUGAGGGGAGAGCUGCUGGGAAGCCAACCAUCGUAUUCGUAGACCCUGGUGGCCGUCGUGGCAGGUUCAGGGCAGUCACCUGACUACGUGUCAGCUCUGUAGAUUUUAGUGGCUGGAUUGCAUUAUGGCUAAAAUAUUACACAGCAACAAUUUGUCAAAAUAAAAUAUUUGCCUGUAC